ACACAGGAAGAAGAAGAAGAGCGGUUUCCGAAAGUGGUAAAUGUCUUUCAGUGGUGGGUCUUGUUUGAGCCCUAAUGUUUACUUAAUUUCGACAAAAAUGAACUAGAUUUAGACCAAACUGAGAGCCAUAAAGAUUCACCUUUAUGGCGCUAAGACCAUCGUUAAGUUCUUAAAGAUGAGUUCUUUUUCCACUACUUUAUUAAGGAAUAAACAAGGAGGCUGUAGAGUGUCAAUUAUAUUUGUUGUAUAAUACAGAGAUACUACACAAAAUAUGUGUACUUUCUGGCUUAACGUUCGAAUUAUGGCCGGAAGUCACGCAGCUCAGCCUCGCUCUGCACCUAUGACGCUGCACGUGAGUUGCGUGUCUUUCCGCCAGCCUUUCGCAGGUUUUGUUCUCGAUGGCGUGAAGACGGUGGAAAGCCGCUGGAGGCCGCUGCUCGCUCCACUGCAGGGCCGCACCGUGGCGGUCCACAUCGCCUGGCGGGACUGGGACGGAGAUGAGUGGCGGGAGGUUCUGGGCGGUCCGCUGGGGAUGACCCACGACCAAAUCCAGAUGUUGCUGGAGUCCGUCGAGAGGUUUGGGCGCGGCGUGGUAGCAGGAUUGGUGGAUGUGGGCAGGACCUGGCAAUGCCCCACCACACUGCAUGGGGAGGAGCUACAACAGCUGGAGCAGGCAGCCGUUCUGAUUGGACUGCAAGGAAAACACCUGACUCACCUGACCAACCCCCGGUGGCUGAAGGCACCGCUUGUUGCUCGAGGAAGUCGGGACCUCUGGACAGUGGAGAUCCCGACACACUUGUUGCCAUGACAGCGCAACAUGCAAACUAAGCCACAUUUUCUACAAGAAAUGAAGGCCACAGACAAUCACAUCAAUUCACCUUAAAUUAGCGUAAACUGCUUUAGCAUUCAGCCUUGUUGACAGAUGAGUAAGCUGAUUGGUUUACUCUAGUUGUUGGUUUAGGCCAUUAUUUUCUGUCAUUGGUUUACCACAUUAAAAAGAGACUUUCUGCUGGUGAAAAACUUUUAUUGACCCUGUAAUAACAGACACACACGUGCGCACACACCGUGUUAACACAAAAACAUCCCUUUAACAAUAUACAGGGACUGGCCAUGCCCCUCUCUCACUGAUUGGCUGGCUCAAACUCAAAAGACACCGUCAGGCUUACAUGGCAGCCCUGACGAGUUAAACGUGCAAAGAAAUGUGACACAGUAAUACUAAUACACAUACUUUGAAGACAUUAGCUUUGGUUGUUAGCUAAGAACUGGGGAAGUUAAGUGUGCAAGUUAGACUGAUGGGGGGA